GGCGGGUUCAGGGAGUCCCUCCCUCGGGGGCGGGGCCAAGGGCUUCUUCCCAGCCCGGCUCUGCAGAGAGGAGGUCUUGCAGGCUCCAGUUGAGUAUAAAAGAGAUGCAAAUCCCGCAAGAAGCCACCGCACUUGUCAGCGGAUCUGGUGAUUGACAAAGUCCCUGGGGCUCUGCACCGGUCACCUCCCUCAAGCUCCACAACUGAACGUCGGAGCCAACCCUCGGCCCCUUGCAGUCGGAACUUUACAGCCGCGGGAGACCUGAAGGCGGUGGCAGCGGCCCAGGAAGGAGCAGCAGCGCCGGGGAAAGAAGUGGGAAGAGAAGACCGUUGUCUCCUGGGAAUCCAGCACUGAAGAAACGAACCCCCCGUCCUAGUUACAGGAAGGCCCUUUGACUCUCCACUGAUCCAGAAACCUCUCAGACUCCAUUGGACCUUGUUUCACUGCUUGGAGGGCCCCAAACAGCCUCACCACCAGGACCAAAGCCAUCCAGAUGAUGCCCUUCUGAGUCCAGGAAGCUUUGCUCUGUUGGCUUCCUCAACCUCUGUACCAGCUUAUAUUUGCUCUUACAUAGGUGAAGGAGGAAAAUUCUUCCAAAGAUGGUCUCCCAUUCAGAGUUGAAGAGUCUUUUCUGUUCAGCUGAUGCAGUGUGCUUUGAUGUGGAUAGCACCGUCAUCCAGGAAGAAGGGAUUGACGAGCUGGCCAAGUUCUGUGGGGUUGAGGAUGCCGUGUCAGAAAUGACACGGCGAGCCAUGGGCGGGGCAGUGCCUUUCAAGGCUGCCCUCACAGAGCGCUUAGCUCUGAUCCAGCCUUCCAGGGAACAGGUGCAGAGGCUCCUAGCAGAGCACCCCCCUCACCUGACCCCCGGCAUAAGGGAGCUAGUAAGUCGCCUACAAGAACGAAAUGUUCAGGUUUUCCUGAUAUCUGGGGGCUUUAGGAGCAUUGUGGAGCAUGUUGCUUCAAAGCUCAACAUUCCAUCAACCAAUGUGUUUGCCAAUAGGCUAAAGUUCUACUUUAAUGGUGAAUAUGCAGGUUUUGAUGAGACGCAACCAACAGCUGAAUCUGGUGGGAAAGGAAAAGUUAUUAAAUUUUUAAAGGAAAAAUUUCAUUUCAAGAAGAUCAUCAUGGUUGGAGAUGGAGCCACAGACAUGGAAGCCUGUCCUCCUGCUGAUGCUUUCAUUGGAUUUGGAGGAAAUGUGAUCAGGCAGCAAGUAAAGGAUAACGCGGAAUGGUACAUCACUGAUUUUAUAGAGCUUCUGGGAGCACUGGAAGAAUAAGAUCCAUUUUUAUAAAGUUCAUAACUUCAGGUUAAUUUUAAAAAAUUAUGCAGUUUGAUACUGUUUGCUUCCAAUUGCUGACUACAACCCAAUCUAUGAAUUUUGUAUUGAUUAUCUGUACCUCCAAGUAAACGAUAGUUAGGGCUCAUAGAACAUUGUGGUUUGUUUUUUUAAACUGUAGUUCCAGUAUUAUUUUGACCAUUUAAUUGCCUGGAGAGUUUUAUAAUCUGAAUUCUUUAUCAAUCUAUCAAUUCUUUAUCAAUCAAUUCUAGCUAUGUUUGAUUUGAAGUCUUUGGAAGGUGGAUGGUAAAUUAAACACCUUCACUAUUGGGCAUGUGGAUUAGGCAGCUUUAAAUGAAAUUGGUUUUCCCUUUAUAUAUAAAUAAAAAUUUAUGCAUAUAUCAAAACAGA